AUGCGGGUCGAUUCCGACGACGACUUCGAUCCUGUCGACGACUAUGACAUGCUCGACUCUGCGGACGAGCUGGUUGAUGAGAACGGUGACACUCCGGGCACAUCUCCUCCCGCUUCCACCACUCUCCCCCGAUGCCGUCAGAAGAACCUGCAGUGCCCAUACGAAGGCUGUGACAAGGCUUUCAAUCGUCAAGCGCGGCUUCAAGAACACAUUCGCUCACAUACCAAUGAACGUCCCUUCAAAUGUCCCUAUUCUCCGUGCACCAAAGACUUCCUGCGUGACAGCCACUUGAAACACCACAUCAAGAGUGUCCACGAGGAUAUUCGUGACUACAAGUGUAGCUGGGAGGGGUGCGAUGCGAGCUUUGCGACUGGAACAAGAUUACGACGACACAUCCAGACCCAUGAGGCCAAAGAGAAAUUUCGAUGCCGCGGCUAUGAAGGCUGCUCUCAAACUUUUCGCAAGCAAGAGACUCUAGACAGACACAUCAAAACCGACCACCUAGGAAUCAAGCCUUUCCCAUGCCAGGAAGCAGACCCAGUCACUGGGUUGGCUUGUACAAAAGCGUACGACACCGCUGAAAAAUUGCGGGCUCACCAGCGAGCUAGACACGACUCAACAAGAUUCUCCUGCGACGAAUGUAUGAGACAAAACGCUGAGACUCUUGCCAAUUCUGCAGAUGUUGAUCCAGACACCUUGCCUGUGGUGUCAUUUGCAACUUACGGCGAAUUUCAAGCCCAUCUCACCAUUGUCCAUCCCCCAACAUGUGGUUUAUGCCCGACUUCGUUCACGACAAACAAGGAGCUAACCCGGCAUCUUGAAAUCCAGCAUGGCAUACUCCCUGAAUCAACGAGCAAACCUAGCCAGACUUUUCCGUGCACUCACGAUGGUUGCGACAAGCAAUUUACAAAGAGGGGCAAUCUCAAUGUGCAUAUCAGAACUGUCCAUGAAAACAAGCGUGAUUUUGUCUGUGGCCAGACUGAAAUCGCCUUGCCAGAAGAACUUGCCGACAAGGACAAUAUUGUGAUUCACGGCUGUAACCGGAGCUUCACCAGCAAGGCAACCUUGGAAGAGCAUGUUCGGUCGGCCCAUCUUGGAUUAGAGGCCAAGAGGGUGGCGCGCAACAAGAAGCGCAAGGCAGAGCGAGAGGCUAAAGAGCUUGCUACUGGUGGUCGAGUGCUUAAGAAGCGCAAACCUCGUUCAGACAAGGGUAUCAAGAAGACCUCUGUCAUGGCUGAUCUCAUUGGCCAAGCACACUCAGAGAGCAUUGCAAUCCCUGGUGCGGAGUCUGCCAGCAACGAUGCGGACUCUACUCAUCAGGCAGACAUGGAUGUAGACGAUCACUUUUUGACAGGAUCGAUGGUUAUGUGUGGUGACCAGAUCUAUCACUAUGGCAGCUCGUACCAUUAUCCAUCUGGUGAAUACCCAACGAUUGGUGACAAUGCUAGCGCCAGCAUACAGGGCAACAAACACGAUGCGAACACGGAUUCUAACGAUACUGACAUCGCGUAUGGCGAAUACCUUCCAGACACCGCGAUGGAUUAUGAAGUUGAUGACCUCUUUGGCUUUGAACAAGACCAUCAGCCUUACUUCACCUACCCAGCGCCGUCUUCUUAUUGA